AUGGUGCACAUUACUCUAGGUCAAGCCAUAUGGGCAUCCGUUAAGCCCAUCAUAAAGAUUUAUUUGAUCAUAGGUGUCGGCUUUCUGAUGGCCAAGAUGAGUAUUCUCACAGUGGAGGCAACGAGAAUUAUUUCCGACAUCGUGCUGACGGUUUUACUUCCCUGCCUGUCAUUCAAUAAAAUUGUUGCCAACAUCGAGGAUAAAGACAUCAAGUCCGUAGGAAUUAUUUGCCUGUCUGCCCUUCUGAUCUUUGGCACUGGUCUUUUUUUUGCAUUUAUCGUUAGACUACUUCUACCUGUUCCCAAACAAUGGUAUGGCGGUAUUCUUGCCGGUGGAAUGUUUCCAAAUAUCAGUGACUUACCCAUUGCGUAUUUACAAUCCAUGGAUCAAGGAUUAGUAUUUUCGGAGGAAGAAGGUAACAAAGGUGUGGCUAACGUCAUCAUAUUUCUAACCAUGUUUUUGAUUUGCAUUUUCAAUUUGGGUGGAUUUCGACUCAUUGAGAGUGAUUUCAAGUACAAUGACGAUGAAAACGCUGCCAGAAUCCCAGACACGACAGCUACACGUCCCACAGCUAGUACGAAUACUACUAAAACGAAUACUAACAAGAGUUCCUUUUCAAAUGAACCGAGACUUUUCAGUGACAAAUAUACCACCCGCAAUAGUCUCACUGAGGCUAUAGAUACAAACGCAAGCGCAAACACGAACGCAAACGCAAGUACAUCAAUAAUAUCAAGGCAUCAAACAAGAAGCAUAGAUCCCUUGUCACUGCCGGAUGCUGGUUCCAGUUCUGAGGUCACAAAACCUACUCAGGCGAAGACAAGGGAUACUAUUGCAGGCGUUCCCAUUGAGCGGUCACAGAUAACAUCUGAUUUUAAUCCUUUAGAAAACCAAUCAUCCGCUUCAACAAUGCAUUCCUAUAAUACAUCGGAGAGUUGCAGUAGUAAUGUAGAUAGUAUCAUGAGGGCACGUAGAAUGGCAAGUCAACCGAGGGCUUACGACGUCGCUUCGGCCCUAGAAGAGAAGAGUUUGGAUAAACAAUACCCGGGAAGCAUUUCUAUGGCAGCAUUAGAACCUGUUCGCUCCAUUGACAUGCGAGCACUGCCCUCUCAAAACAUACACCAUCUCAUCAGAGAAUACUCCAACGUUGAUCAAUACGGUCAUCAAAGAAGGAACUCUAGUCUAAUUGGUGCUGACAUGAACGAUACACAUUCGAUCAGGUCAAAUUCAACUUUGCAAACUAUAAAAACCGCCCACUUAACCAGAAUUUUAACAUCAGAUGCCACCGUAAGUAGAAAAGAUAUUGAAACAUCAGGCGAGUCAUUACCAAGAUGGAUGAAAAAAUUCCCAUUAACUCCAUUAUUGAUAUUUUUUCUGAAAAAUUGUUUGAGGCCGUGCUCUAUGGCUGUCAUUAUUGCCUUAGUUGUUGCAUUUAUCCCAUGGGUCAAAGCUUUAUUUGUCACUACUGCCAACACUCCUCAUAUAAGACAGGCACCAGACAACGCACCGCCACUUAGCUUUUUCAUGGAUUUUACAAGUUACGUAGGUGCUGCAAGUGUACCAUUUGGGUUAAUCUUAUUGGGGGCAACCUUAGGGAGGUUGAAAAUUGGUAAUUUAUAUCCAGGAUUUUGGAAGGCCGCUGUAGUACUCGUCAUUUUGAGGCAGUGUGUCAUGCCAAUUUUUGGUGUUCUAUGGUGCGAUCGGCUUGUGAAGGCCGGUUGGGUCAAUUGGCAAGAUGAUAGCAUGCUAUUAUUUGUUAUUGCGAUUAGUUGGAAUUUACCAACAAUGACUACCCUUAUAUAUUUCACCGCCAGUUUUACACCGCCUGAAGUACCGGACCCAAUCCAAAUGGAGUGUGUUUCCUUCUUUUUAAUGCUCCAGUAUCCACUAAUGGUUGUCAGUCUGCCAUUUUUGGUUUCUUAUUUCUUGAAAGUACAGAUGAAACUUUAG